AAAAAAUAUGACUUCUCACUCCACUUCCGUUAUCGUGAACAAAACCUUCUCGUAAACUUUGAAAAAUGUAUUAGAAAUAGUAAGGUUUUUUGCAUUUAUUUGAGAAUUGGAAUUAUUUGAGUAUUUAAAUUGAUUGCUUUUAAUUCAUUGAAAAAUCUUAUAUUUUACUCUACGUUAUCUCAGAGGCGGGGGAUGAGCUGUCGAUUGAGUAGGCUACAAAUAGAUCCGUGUUGGCUGUCUUUCACUUAGACGAUCUUUGUCUUGUUUGCUUGAGACGUUACCCUUGGUAGUUUUUGGCCAUUAUUCGUCAGAAAAAAUGAUAAAAACAGGUAUUUUAGGGCUGAGAAACGUGUUCGGGCGAGGACAGGUGCUGUCUGCGGCUGCUGCGAGACUACAGCACAGUCAGGCCCAGCCUGAAGGACAGCAUGUCCCCCCAGCACGUCCAGAGACCUCCAGCGCCAAGUCCCUGAUGGACAUCGGGACCCGCCGGAUCUUCAACGAGGACCACGAUCUCUUCAGAGAAAGUGUCCGCCGCUUCUACCUAGAGGAGGUGAUUCCAAAUCACAAGGAGUGGGAGAAGGCGGGUCAGGUGAGCAGGGAGGUGUGGGAGAAAGCUGGAGAGCAAGGCCUGCUGGGAGUGAUGAUUCCAGAGCAGCACGGCGGCAUCGGAGGAGACCUGUUCUCAGCCGCCGUCACCUGGGAGGAGCAAAUGUAUUCCAACUGCUCGGGCCCGGGCUUCUCUUUGCACUCAGAGAUCGUCAUGCCUUACAUCGUCAACUACGGCAGCAAGGAGCAGAUCGACCGCUUCAUUCCGGACAUGAUGGCGGGGAAAUGCAUCGGCGCUAUUGCAAUGACGGAGCCAGGAGCAGGAAGUGAUCUUCAAGGUGUGAGGACAAACGCCAAGAAGGACGGCAACGACUGGAUCCUCAACGGCAACAAGGUGUUCAUCACAAACGGCUGGAUGGCCGACCUCGUCAUCGUGGUGGCCGUGACCAACCGCGAGGCGAAGACGGCGGCGCAUGGAAUCAGUCUGUUCCUGGUGGAGGACGGCAUGAAGGGCUUCCAUAAAGGACGCAAGCUGGAGAAGAUCGGUCUGAAGGCGCAGGACACGGCUGAACUGUUUUUCGAGGACGUGCGGCUUCCAGCUAGCGCUCUCUUGGGAGGACUCAACAAGGGUUUCUACUACCUGAUGAAUGAACUGCCUCAGGAGCGUCUGUUGAUCGCUGACAUGGCCAUCGCGAGCGCUGAGUUCAUGUUUGAGGAAACCAGGAACUACGUGACGCAGAGGAAGGCUUUCGGCAAGACCAUCGCUCACCUCCAGACUGUGCAGCACAAGCUGGCCGAGCUGAAAACGGAGAUCUGCGUGGGCCGAUCCUUCAUCGAUAACUGCCUCCAGCUCCACGCAGAGAAACGCCUGGACCCCUCCACGGCCUCCAUGGGCAAAUACUGGGCGUCUGACCUCCAGAACAAAGUGGCCACUCAGUGCCUGCAGCUCCAUGGAGGGUGGGGCUACAUGUGGGAAUACCCCAUCGCCAAGGCCUUUGUUGACUCCCGUAUUCAGCCCAUCUACGGAGGCACCAACGAGAUCAUGAAAGAGCUCAUCGCGCGCAGCAUCGUCAGCCAGAAGUGAGAAUUUCGGACGUUUUCACGGUGGAGGAGCACUGGGUGAAGAGGGCUGGUUUUUGCACAGAUGAUCGUUUUUUUAAUGUAGACAGUUGUCAGAAAUAGAUCGAAGUACGUUUAUGCAUCGUGAAAUAACAUUAAGAAAGCUUGAGGUUAUCAAAUCAGUAAAACGAUUAAAACCCGACGAUGAAACCUCGUCGUCACGAGAACAAAUCACUCUUCAUGCCUUGUAGAAAAAGAGAAUCAAAAUCUGCUAUCAGAACAACGCGCUCAGGUGUCACACGAUACACUUGGGGGACUUGCAGUUGCCAAUGCUACCUAAUGUUAGCGACCUGUGUCACUGAAUCUGACUCCUUUCUACUAGUUUGACUGUUCGGCUACAUUUGAGCAUUUAGUGUUUUCCUCCUUUUGUCCAGAAGUAGCACAGAAGGGCUUAAAAAGUCAAACAAUGUAUCCUGACUUCAACGUCUUCUCUCGGAGGUCGCUCGAGAUGGUUCGGCCGCUUUUUUGAUUCACACCUUUGCUGAAUAAUUACCUAUUAUUGUAGGUCUGCUUCUGUCCUUUUCCAGCUCACUGUAGUGCUAGUUGUGUGUAAAUAUUGCUGUGCAAAGUGACAAAGUUAAUGUAAGAUACUUAAUUAAUGGCUUCUGUGUACAAUAUGUACUCAACAGGAUGUGUACUUUCAGCACUUAAAAUGUUUGAUCCAAUAAAUCCAGAGCAUUACAUUUAAUCCCUGUGUCUUUAAGUUAUGAUAUAAACUGUUCUGUCAGUGAUUUGAAGGAUUGAACCUCAGAUUAAAGCUUUUAAAGGCUGA